AUGGCCGGAGACAAAGAGAAAAAACGCCAUGGUGGAGAUAAAGAAAAGACGUCGCGGAAAAAAGACCGCUAUGAAGAAUCACUUGCCACAUCGCCCGUCGUCGAUUCGCUGCAGCCACAGAAAAAGAGGAAAAGAGAAAGCAAACUUGAGCAAUCGAAUAGAAAUGGCGUCGAGGAAGAAUGGUAUGGAGAUAAAGAAUUCGAGGAUGUUCAGUCGGAAAGUCAGGCGUCGGCGAAGGGUGGUGUUUCGCGGGAUAGGAAGGGGCAGAAAAGUCGAGACGAUGGAUCGAAAGGGUCGAUCGACACGGAACCUCCCAGAUCGUCUUCUCGGUCCGAUGAAAAGGCUCCGGAUCUGAGGUUUGGUGAUAGGACACUGAAGAAGACCAAGAAACGCAAAAAUGAAGAUCAAUCCGAAGCCAAUGGAGCGCAAGAUCCUCCAUCCAAAGUUAAAAAGCGCAAGCACGAACAAGUUUCUACGCCUCGAGACGAGGAUGAGAGACAUGAUUUAAAACAUGCAAAGCUGUUAAAGAAGUUUGAGAAAUCAAUAAAGGCCAAACGACCAGUUACCGAGAAUGUGCAAGAGACUUCAGCGUUCGAUACUGGCACGGCGAUUGUUGCGCAGGGCUUGGAGCCUCUUCCACAACCGGAACCUGUUGCAGAAACAAGCGAGAAACCUACGUACUCGACAAUGCCCGAUUGGAUCACAAACCCCGUCACAAAAUCUCCAUAUGACCGAGAGGACGGGCAGCCUGUCAAAUUCGAGAAUAUCAGUCUUGAUAGAACUGUAGUCUCCAAACUCGAAAAACAUGGGUAUAGUGAAGCGACACCAGUUCAAGCAACAGUUAUACCACUCCUACUUGACGAGCAACAUCGCCAUCGAGGUGAUUUGUGUGUUUCUGCAUCUACCGGUUCCGGAAAGACGUUAUCAUACGUCCUUCCAAUCAACCAGUCACUUCAAAGAGAGUCUGUGGCAAGACUUCGCGCACUCGUUAUUGUACCCACGAGGGAACUGGUUAAACAGGCUAGGGAAGCAUUUGAAGCUUGUGGAAGCAAUCUACGAAUCGGCACUGCCAUUGGAAGCGUUGUGCUGAAGGAUGAACAACAGAAAAUAAUAAGAUGGGAUUCUGUCUAUAGUCCGGAAAAGUACAACGCAGACCAGCAGAGAACUAUGUCGGAAAGUGACUGGGCAGAAUUCGACUUGCUCAAAUAUAGAGACGAGGUUGUGCGCGCAGGGGAUUUGGCACCACAGUAUAUUCAAGUGGCUCGACCAAAUAUAGACGUUCUCAUUUCUACGCCUGGCCGAUUGGUAGAUCAUAUCCGGCAGACAGAAGGCUUUAGUCUUCGACAUCUGCAGUGGCUUGUAGUCGAUGAAGCUGAUCGACUGCUCAACGAGAGUUUCCAGGAAUGGGUCUCCGUUCUCAUGGGCGCUCUGGACAAGGAGAAAACUGCUAAUAUAGGCGAUUCUGUCCUGGCUAGAAUAGGACGACCGAUUCAGUCUCCUUAUCCGCGAAAAGUGAUUCUCAGUGCAACACUUACCAACGACAUUACCAAACUCAAUUCGCUGCGUUUGGAGAAUCCGAAGUUGGUAGCAAUCGGUUCACGGAAUAUGGAUUCUAAUGAAGAAAGGGUCAAGCAUGAGGCGGAGCAGUUUGUGUUGCCUCCUAGUCUGAUGGAGCAUUUUGUGCCUGUUGGCGACGGUUUUGAGAAGCCUAUUUAUUUGAUGAAAUUGUUGCUUAUGAUCAAUAAGUCAAAGUGGAACAGUCUUGCGACUCCUGCUUAUGCUUCUGUUGUUGGUCGAAAAUCUAACGAAGCUGCUGAGGAUUCAAGCUCGGAUUCUGAUUCUACAAGUUCAUCUGACGACACGAGCAGCUCUGACGAGGCCUCAGACUCCGAGUCCGAUUCUGAUUCCGAGUCAUCUGACGCAAGCCCUGACGAGAGUGAGAGUUCCUCUGACUCGGAUUCCGAAACCUCUUCUAUAGCCAGCGAGACUUCACCAGUCGCUUCAGCAUCCAACACUGGCGUCACCUCAGUACUCAUCUUCACCAAAUCCACCGAAUCAGCAGCAAGAUUAUCUCACCUCCUCAGCCUCAUGAACCCUUCACUAGAAUCUCAAAUCGGCACAAUAGUCAAAUCCAACAAUUCCUCCUCAUCUCGCAAGACACUCAAGGACUAUCGCGCCGGAAGGAUAAGCAUAAUAGUGGCCACCGACCGUGCUUCACGUGGUAUUGAUCUUGUCGGUUUAGGGGGAGUGAUUAACUACGAUAUGCCUACCAGUCUGACUACAUAUGUCCAUCGCGUAGGACGAACGGCGCGAGCCGGGAAAUCGGGACAAGCAUGGACUCUUGUGGAGCAUCGGGAGGGGUUGUGGUUUCAGAAGGUGAUUGUUAAGAGUGAGAAUGUUGUUCGAUCGGGUAAUGGUGUGAAGGCUGUUAGGCAGGAGAAGAAUAGCAAGGCUAUGGUUGCGGAGUAUACGGCUGCUCUGGAGGGGUUGGAGAAGGCUGUUAAGGGGUGA